UAGGUUAUGCCAGUCAUCGUAUGAACUAGUGUAUUUGACAAAUAUUUCUUUAAGAAAUAAGUAAAUAAUUAUGGCUAUGGUUAAAGCAAUAACCGACGAAGGCCAUUUUGUUUCGGAGCUGGCGAACGCCUCAACGAGACUUGUUGUCGUAGAUUUUACUGCAACUUGGUGCGGACCAUGUCAAAGGAUGGCACCCAUUUUUCAACAAUUAGCCACCAAAUAUCCGCGGGCUGUUUUCUUAAAAGUCGAUGUCGACCAGUGCCAAGAGACUGCCGCAGCUCAAGGUGUUUCUGCUAUGCCAACAUUUAUCUUCUAUCGUAACAAGACAAAAAUUGAUAGAUUGCAAGGAGCUGACCCGACUGGAUUGGAAACGAAAAUACAGCAGUAUUAUGGAUCUGAAGAUGCCGACGAUUUGGAAUGUGUCGCUGGUCAUAUGGAUCUGCACCCAUUUAUUAUGAAAGCACAAUGUGAAUGCUUAAAUGAAAGUGAUGAUCACCCUUUUACGCACUGUCUCACUUCCGGUGGUGGAUACCUACAGUCAGAUUGUGAUGAACAGCUUAUCAUUUCCGUGACGUUCAAUCAGUCUGUGAAGAUUCAUAGCUUGAAAAUUAAAGCUCCAGCUGACAAGGGCCCCAAGUUCAUUAGAUUGUUUAUCAACCAACCAAGGACAUUAGAUUUUGAUUCUGCUGACAAUUGUUAUAGUGUUCAAGACUUGGACUUAGCACCAUCAGAUUUAGAAGGCAACCCAGUGAAUUUAAGAUUCGUGAAAUUCCAAAACGUUCAAAACAUUCAAAUAUUUGUUAAGACCAACCAGGAUGGUGGUGAAGUGACCCAAAUUGAUCACUUAUCCAUUGUUGGCUCUCCAAUAAAUACCACCAAUAUGGGAGAUUUCAAACGGGUUGCGGGAAAAAAGGGCGAGAGCCACUAAUUAAACUAAAGCAUUUAAGUACCUCUUGAAGGUACUCAAGUUAACAAAUUUAAUACAAUUGUGUUUAAUAUAAUUCCGAAUUGUAAAUGAUCUUUCUGCUAAAAUAAAUAUAUUUCUUACAACCAA